UAUACUACAGUAUGUUUAAGGUCUUUCUCGGAAGUAAUCGGAAGUAUCAAUUCAUGUCAGCUGCAUGGUGGACUGCUUGAUGAAGGUCAAGUUUGUCAAGGUCUGCAUGUUUAUGAUAUAACGGUGACAAUACAACUGGCAGUUCUCUGCAAAAGAUAUCAUCCUAUACUUAUCAAUAAAGAAAUUGUACACAGAACCCUUGUCUGGUCCUCAAAUACAGUAUUAUCUAUAUCACAGGAAAAUUACAUGUACCAGCAAUAACGAGUGUAAUGUUCAAUAUAUGGCCGAGCACAAUUUAUCAACCGCCACAACUAUCCUGCAACGGACAACAAACUGUUCUCCCAGCAAGUCUUGCCAAACAUCCCCAGCAAUGGACAAAACAUGAGGUAGGUGUAUGGCUCAAAUGGUGCUCCGACGAAUUUUGUAUCGAGCCAAUACCACCCGACAGAAUAGACAUGAAUGCAAUUAUUGUAGGUAAAGCGUUAUGUUUGUUAAAGCGAAGUGACUUUAUGGAAAGAAUACCAAAGAAUGGAGAUCUCUUAUUCAAUGCUUUACAAAAACUCAUUCAAAAUAAAGUUAGCUUAACCAGUCCGAUGUCUUCAAUGUGCAGUGGUGGGGCUACUGUUCCUAUGAGUCCAUUUCAUAUCAAAACUGAACCCAUAUCCCCGUUGUUACAUCCUUUAGUGUUUACAUCAGCAAAUACUCAGACGACAUCUAUGCACGCGCCAAGCAUACCACGCCCAUGUGUUCCAAUAUUACCUCGUACACAGUCAACGAUUCUACCGCCAUCCUGUAGUAAUCCUAUCAAUUCAAACAAGUCGUUCAGUAAUACAGUGUCAACAGUACCAGGUAUAUUGAGUCCAGCUUCAAGUACUGUGGAUACUGAGAGUGCCUCAAGUGAUAAUGGAUCUGUAUCAGACCCAGAAGGACACGAAAACGACAGUCGUCCAACAGAGCCGACUAACGAACGGUUUCUACCAACCACCAUUAAAACAGAGAUACAACAUUCCAUCCAGUCAGCAUUCCAGCCUCUUAAUAACAACACAAGACCAGAAUCAGGCACUGAGUGUCGCUUACUGUGGGAGUUUAUUCAUCAGUUACUACAAAAUCCUAUGUUCAGUCAGUUAGUUUGCUGGGAAAGUGAAAAGGAACUUAUAUUUAGAAUCAACAACCCUACAGGCCUAGCUCAUAUGUGGGGGAAACAAAAAAAUAGAACAAAUAUGACAUAUGAGAAAUUGUCGCGAGCUUUGAGAUAUUAUUACAGGAUGAACAUUAUCAAGAAAGUAUCUGGAAAACGCCUUACUUAUAAAUUUAUGCAACAACCAUCAACGAUACAAAAAGGACAACGAGGUGCUAAACCACAUAACAAGUGUGAUAUACCUUUAUUUUCGUCAUCAAAUAGAUUCCAGUAUUCGGGUCUAAAAGAUGAGCCAUCAGAAGAUAAAACCCAACAAAAACCUCCUCCUCUUAGUCCUGCAAUAAGUGAGAUUCAUCAUGAAUUAGAGAAUCACAGACAUCUGAAGAGACAUAGUCCAACAGACAUUUCAAAGCCUUCUGGUAGAAAUUCUACAAAAUAUUUGCAAUCAAAUAAUCUUGAUAUUGAAAACUAUGAACAUUCUGCUUAUCAGUUAGGAAAUGGAGAAAUGUCAAAUUCAAAUUUUAAACAGUUAUCACCUAACUUUCAUAUUCCAUCCACUUCAUAUGAGAAAAGUAAGGCAUCGAAGCUACCACCGCUUAUGGUCAGAGCUAAUGUGACGAACGAUGUUAAAUAUUCUCCUGAUGUAAAACUCAAUUUGGGUGUAUACGGCAUGCAUAGUCCAUUAAGCUUUCAUGAAAACAAUAAACAUCAUGUAGUUAAUGAUUCUUUAAAGCAACAAUACUUUGAGGGAAUGACCUCCCCAACUUUUUCAAGAAGUCAAUUUAACGAUGACCCUCAGGACGAACCUGAAGACCUAUCCUUUUCACCAAAGAAACAACGACUCGACUCGGAAUCAAAUUCCGGCAAAAUGUCUCCUUCAGAUGAAGAACAACAACACAUUCCUAAAGACGAAGAGAACAAUAUAUUACCAUUGUUGAUUAAUUAUAAAAAGACUGCUAUCAGCACAAACAGCUGACCCUAUGGUUAGCUGAGUAUAUUUUUUCGUACUUUUUUAAAUACUUUUUGUAAUAUCAUUGUUUUAUAUGUAAUUUUCGCUGUGAUAAGCACGAGAAAUAUUUGGUGCAGUAAUUGUGCUAUAUGAAAUGCAUUGAACGUAAGUGCUUUUGUGAUACAGAAAUAUUUUUAUAUCAGAACAUUUUGAGCAAAUUUACUUUAAUUACUAUCACUGAGAUGGAUGGACGGAUGGAUGGACGGAUGGAUGGGUGGAUGAUUAACGUCCAGUGGCAAACUAAAUAAUGACCAAUUAUCUCCCGUUCAGUACUAUUUGAAAAGUAACUGUUUUAAUAUAAAUGUAUGUUAAAUCAAGUAACAUUUACAUGGCGAUUAUAAUACUCUUUACUCUUUCGAGGUUAUGAAAAAAUAUGUUUAAAUACUUUUAAUUAAAUCUUUAUUAAUUUAUUUAAAAACCAGUAUUUCUCGUGUUGCUUUAGUUAAUGCAAUCUUAUAUUUAUCGUAGUUUUGUACCUUUUUUAUAUAUCAACGAGGUAUGAAACGAGAUGAUUUAAACGCUUACGCCAUAAUGUGGUUGUGCAAGUUCUCAAAUUCCAUGCAAGGCAGAUUUUCUGUUUGUAUUUGUACUACCACUUCUAUGACAAAUCUUUAAAUAUACACAGUGUCAUAAACAUUUGUAUGGCAUAUAUUUAUCAGUGAUGGAAUUUGUCGAGGAAACAAAUCUUAUAUAUGACCAUGCUCAGAUUAUGAUGACUUAGGACGAAGUCUGAGGUCAAUAUCAUCUAACAAGUUCAUAUAUAACGUUAUCAAUACUUCAUGACGAAUGUAGUUUACCACUUUUAUUGGUAAAAGAUAGAAACCGAAAACUGAAAAUGUUGCAAAAAUAUGUAAAACAGCAUUACAUUUAUAUUGACAUUUUCCUAAAAUGGUAGGUACUAACUACUAAUUAUAUUAAGUAAACUGGUUUACAAAUUACUGAUGAAUAUCUACUUAGUAUGGGAUGUCGCGACUUGAAAUGUCUUUCAUUAUAACCGUCAUGAGCUUUAUCAAAUACAUAUAGUGCUUUAUCAAAACUAUAUUUUGUUAUGUGAAAUGUAUAUUGUUAAUAAAAUGUCAAAGACGUGA